GAGUUAGGCGAGAAGCGCAUCAUGUCCGGACGCGGCAAGCAGGGCGGCAAAGCGCGCGCCAAGGCCAAGACGCGGUCCUCGCGGGCCGGGCUGCAGUUCCCCGUGGGCCGCGUGCACCGGCUGCUCCGCAAGGGCAACUACGCCGAGCGCGUCGGGGCGGGCGCGCCCGUGUACCUGGCGGCCGUGCUGGAGUACCUGACGGCCGAGAUCCUGGAGCUGGCGGGCAACGCGGCGCGCGACAACAAGAAGACGCGCAUCAUCCCGCGCCACCUGCAGCUGGCCAUCCGCAACGACGAGGAGCUCAACAAGCUGCUGGGCAAGGUGACCAUCGCGCAGGGCGGCGUGCUGCCCAACAUCCAGGCCGUGCUGCUGCCCGAAAAGACCGAGAGCCACCACAAGGCCAAGGGCAAGUAAACCGAGUGCGUACAACCUACUGCCUUUUAGUUUUACCCAAAGGCUCUUUUCAGAGCCACACAUUUUCUCAAAAAGAGCCAGCUUUGGUGCUGCUUCCCUACUGUGCAGGAUGAUCACCUUCCUCCAUAGUCA